AGACACAGACAUAACCAUAGCCCAAUUAAAUCAUUAGAAAUAUCGCAUGAAGAAUUUUAAUUAAAAAAUAAAAAGAUUUCUAUUAUUUGUGAAGCAAAAUCUGAACUAUAAGCAAAAAUGGGAGAUCAUGCAGUUGAUCCAGUGGCGUCGAUAGAGAGAUCCGCCACUGCGGAUGAUGAGAGACACAUUGUGAUCGAUGAAGUCCCCUUGGGCGAGCUGAUAGAAGAUUUAAGUGUGGAUGUUGAAGAUUCGAAGCCAGAAUACGAUGAAGAGACGACCUCGAUUAUGGAGGACGACGAAGUAGACGACGAAAUGCGCGCCAAGAUCGAGUACAAGAAAAAGAUGAAGAAACGCGAACAGAAGCGGCAAGCGCACUUGAAAUUGAGGGGCCACUUCAAAGAUAUGGAAGAUGAAAAGAGACAAUCGUCAAAGCCUAUCUUGUCCGCGGAAGUCGAAGCAGACGAACUGAACGAAGGUGAAGAAGGUGAGGAAGGCGAAGAAGGUGACGAAAUUGGUGACCUUGGCGAGGGCGCCGAAGGCGACGAGCUCGAUGUCAAAUCUAUAAUAUCGUCUUCGGACGAUGAUGAUUACUCGCGACGCGUCUGUGCGGUGUCCUUUAAGGGUGAUUUCUUUCAAAAUUUCUUAUUUCCCAGUCUCUCGGACAUAACGACCGAAUCUGAGGAAGUAGCGGAAAGCGCUAGACCGACUUUAGAAGAAAAGGAGGCAGAUAAAGAGAAAAAACUAUCUGAGCCUGAGACUGGCCAAUUUGUGGAUGCCGCAGGCGUCGACCAACGUCCAACGUUCAUGGCGGAGGAAGAACAUGUGCGUGAGGCACAGCAGGACCUGGAAGAGGUAUCAGAAGAGACUUCCUCCUCAAGCAUUUCGUUCGAUUGGCCCUUUCCUCUAGAGGAUGAACCACCCGUCGCUCCGGCUAUUGACGCAACGGAAUUUGCUUUGGGAAUGCUUAUAGAAAUGGACUCAACGCUACGAAUCGUUCCGGCCGUAUCGACCGGCGAACUCGAAACUGUGCGCAUCGAGCUCGCCAAUCGUCAAAUUUGCAUCGAUCUGCUCUAUCGGAUUAUCGACGAUGUUGUCGAGACGGCUGAGUAUGUGAAUCCCCUCAAGCUGCUCCUGAGCAGACUCGACAAGCCCAAGCUUCUCUCGGACCUGCAUAAUGUCAUAUCCGAAUGCUUUGCCGCCAAGCAGUUCAAUAGCGAUCUAACCAACAAAAUGUUCGAUUAUUAUCGUCGUGUGGGUCAGCUGCGGUGCUUCGACCCCUUGUUGUCGCAGCAAGAACUAAAGGAAUACAAACGCCACAGAGAGGCUUUGGCUGUGCUCGAUCACCUGAAGAAGAAAGCUGCCGAAACAAAGGCCAAUUACGUUUGGCUCAUGGCCAGCGUCAUAAUGGAUCUCAACUAUGUGCGCAAGAUAUCGCUGACGACAGUCGAUUCGCUGGAAAACUGCUUUCGCACGACGCUGCUGCGCAAGGACUUCGAGGUGAUGCCGCGCAUCGUCGAGCACGAGCUGCGACGCAUGCAAAGUCUACGCAACGAGAUCAGCGAUAGUCGCCUCGGGCUGAUCACCAGGCAGCACACACUGGGCAGGCUGAUCGAGCGCAAACGCCAAUUUGAUCAAAUUACUGCAGAUUUAACCAUGGAUCAGUUCUUGAAUGCUCAACGUGAUGUCAUAGCACUAGGCACAAAGGUUGAAGAACGCAAUCACGACUUAAUUCGAAUGCGCGAUCGCUGCACCAAGCACGUCCAUCAGUUGGCAUUCAUUCGUGAGAAAAUGAGCAUGAUUUCGGCUGCGCUGUGCAAUUACAAACUCGAUUUGGAUGAGAAAAUGGAGAGACAAGCCGAGUUGCGCGACCAGCUGUUCACGCUGAAGAUCGAGCACGCGAACCUCAAGAAUCAGAAGGCGCUCAUGCAGGAGAAGAGCGGACUGCUCUAUAGGCCGGCGCUGUUGCACGAUUUUGAUAAGACCGUCGAAUUGGUAGAAAUGAAACGUAAAAUAGUCACAAAAUUACGACGUAUUGUAGUGGAUUUGGAAUCACGCAUCGACCUGUACGAGGUUCAGGCCCGUUCCUCCAUAACAUCUCACUCAAUAGCGUCAAUAAGGAAAUUUCAAAAGAUUCCAUCCAAGAAAGUACGCUAAUUCAAUUUUAUACACUUGUACACUUUUACAGUUUAUACAUUAAAUAAAGAACAAUAAACUACC